UCCCAGAUCAGUACACCAGUACAGUUCAAGUAGCGCUGUUCGUUACAUCGCUCUACUUGUCAUUAAGUGAUUAUACAUGAAUCAUACAUUGUGUUUUUAACGUUUUUGUACAACAAUUACAUAUCUUUUGUAUAAAAUAAAGUUAUUCAACUGCUUCGAAACGCAGUUUCAAGUCCAGUAUAAUUAUAUGAAAUUUGCGCUUUGUGAAUAAUUUAUCGUGUGUAUUUUACUUCGUAGUACAUCACAGUUCAAUCCUUCAACCCGCCUCGGAUAUUAGCAAGUUUACCCGAUCUUUAAGGUUGCCGGUAACAGGAAGGUGAUAAAGAGGAAAGAACGUCAUUUCGGAGAAAUGAAAGACACAUCGAAUAAAAAAUAUGAACAAUUUUUCGACGAAAAUGAACUGGACGCCUCCAGCGACAAGGAGCGAAGUGAAAAUGCAGCAGUAAAGGAGGAUACCGAAUCAAAACCAGAGAUGUGGUUAACAACAGCAGAAGCAGCCAGCCUUGGCGCAGAAGAAGUUGCAGCAAGGCUUCACGUUGAUGUCAGAACAGGACUCUGGUGGCAGGAGGCUGAUCAUCGAAGACAAUUAGUAGGAUUCAAUGAAUUUAGUGUUAAAGAAGAAGAACCAACAUGGAAGAAAUACCUUGAACAGUUUAAAAAUCCUUUAAUUCUACUAUUACUUGGUUCUGCUUUUGUUAGUGUUUGUAUGAAGCAAUUUGAUGAUGCUGUCAGUAUUACAGUGGCUAUCAUAAUAGUGGUAACAGUUGCAUUUGUACAAGAAUACCGCUCUGAAAAAUCUUUAGAAGAAUUAAAUAAAUUGGUGCCACCAGCUUGUCACUGCUUACGAGAGGGUCGUUUAGAAACAUUUCUCGCUCGCAAUUUAGUUCCUGGUGACGUAGUUUAUUUAAAUAUUGGGGAUAGAGUUCCUGCAGAUAUCAGGAUAUUUGAAGCAAUAGAUUUAGCAAUUGAUGAGAGUAGUUUUACUGGAGAAACAGAACCAGCGCAAAAAUCAACAGCCCCAUUGCUUAAAACUAAUGGAAUGACAACAAAAAGGAAUAUUGCAUUUAUGGGUACAUUAGUGCGUUGUGGAAAUGGAAAAGGUAUAGUAGUGAACACCGGAGAAAAGAGUGAAUUUGGUGAGGUGUUUUCUAUGAUGCAAGCGGAAGAAGCUCCAAAGACACCGCUCCAAAGAAGUAUGGAUAUCUUAGGCACUCAGUUAUCCUUGUAUUCAUUUUGUAUCAUUGGUAUUAUUAUGCUUCUUGGCUGGAUCCAAGGCAAAGCAAUACUUGAGAUGUUUACGAUCAGCGUAAGUUUAGCGGUAGCAGCUAUACCAGAAGGUUUGCCGAUCGUGGUAACCGUAACGUUAGCAUUGGGUGUUAUGAGAAUGGCGAAAAGGAAAGUUAUUGUAAAGAAAUUACCAACAGUUGAAACACUUGGUUGCGUGAAUGUGAUAUGUUCUGAUAAAACUGGUACUAUCACGAAGAACGAGAUGACUGCAACCAUUCUGGUAACAUCUGAUGAAUACAUAGCUGAUAUUACUGGUGCUGGUUAUAAUGAUAAAGGUGAAGUACGGAUCCGAAAAUGCGAUAAUUUUGACCUUGCGCGUACAGCUAUCAGCAAUAUGCUGGAAGUAGCGUGUGUCUGCAAUAACGCUAUCAUACAAAACGAUACUUUGCUUGGUCAACCAACGGAAGGCGCAUUGUUGGCAUUGACAAUGAAAUAUGGAAUGUAUGGAGUUGCUGAUAAAUAUCUACGAUUACAAGAAUAUCCAUUUUCAUCCGAGCAAAAGAUGAUGGCUGUGAAAUGCGCACCGAAAUAUGGAGAGAAUAGGCAAGAAGUAUAUUUUAUAAAAGGUGCUGUGGAAAAGAUUUUACCUUUAUGUACCAAGUAUUAUGUUAAUGGUCAAGUAUGUCCUCUGAGCGAAAAGAAAGACGAAGAAUUUUUAACGCAAGCCUAUGACAUUGGACAACAAGGAUUAAGGGUAAUUGGAUUAGCACGUGGAACAUCAUUACAAGAUUUAGCAUACGUUGGUCUCGUGGGUAUAUGCGAUCCUCCACGACCGCAUGUUCGUGAAUCGAUAACAACUUUGAUAAACAGCGGUGUUAAAGUCAAAAUGGUUACUGGCGAUGCAAAAGAAACUGCAUCAGCGAUAGCAAGUAUGAUUGGGCUAGAUGUACUUCAUUCACGAGUAAUUUCCGGAGACGAGAUUGACUUAAUGUCUGAGCACCAAUUAGAGCAAUGUAUUAAUAAUGUCAGUGUAUUUUAUCGAGUCACACCUAAACAUAAAUUAUGUAUCGUAAAAGCACUGCAAAGAGAAGGAAACAUAGUAGGCAUGACUGGUGAUGGUGUGAAUGAUGGAGUCGCUUUAAAAAAAGCAGACAUUGGUAUAGCUAUGGGUAAAAACGGUACCGACGUUUGUAAAGAAGCUGCGGACAUGAUUUUAGUGGAUGAUGACUUUGGGGCUAUUAUUGCCGCAAUCGAAGAAGGAAAAGGAAUUUUUCAUAAUAUUCGAAAUUUUGUAAGAUUUCAAUUAAGUACCAGCAUAGCUGCCCUUUCUCUAAUCGCUCUCGCUACUUUGAUGGGCAUACCAAAUCCUUUAAAUGCAAUGCAAAUCCUUUGGAUUAAUAUCAUUAUGGAUGGUCCACCUGCUCAAAGUCUUGGUGUUGAACCAGUUGAUAAAGACGUGUUGAAACAAAAACCACGUAACACAAAAGAACCAAUGAUCACACGACAUCUAAUUGUUAACGUGUUGUUGUCAGCCAUUAUUAUCAUCCUUGGUACUUUAUGGGUUUAUAAUAGGGAGAUGACGACCGAUGGGAGUACUGCAAGGGAUACAACCAUGACAUUUACAUGUUUCGUUUUCUUUGAUAUGUUUAAUGCUCUGAGUUGUAGAUCACAGACGAAGUCAAUAUUCACUAUUGGUUUGUGGAGCAAUAAAAUGUUCCUGGUAGCCGUAACGUUAUCAGUAAUAGGACAAAUGUUGGUAAUUUACUUUCCACCGUUACAACGAGUUUUUCAAACUGAAGCACUUUCGGCAAAGGAUAUCUUGUUCCUCGUCGCACUCACGUCAAGCGUUUUCGUAAUUAGCGAGAUAAAGAAGUUUAUAGAGAGGCAACUUUACAGGCGACGUGCAGGUACACAAUAUUACAAUAAAUCUGAAAUGGAUUUUGUAUGACAGUUGCAGUCUGCCGAAGAUAAGGCGGACAAGGAUCAUUUGGAAUAAAAUACCCAACACAUCGUACUGGUAGUAGUCAUUCGUUCGUUUAUCAACAUUAUCUCGCUAUACACAUGACUAUGCUUGCACAUUUGUAAACUUGUAUGUGCACUUGUCACAAAACGAACAUGCUUCGCGUUCUCCACGCGUUUAAUUAAGAUUUACAAAUGACUGCGUUUUUAAACAUUUACAAAUUUUCGGACUCUCUGAGGUUACGAUAGGUGGAUUUUUAGGAUUAGAAUUAGCCGUUUCUCGACUUCACGGUGAACUAUCGAUAUUGAACACAUUUUGAGACUCUAAGCACAUUCCACACAUUUUUCGUAGAGAACGGAAGAAUUUUAAUGAUAGUACUCGCAAUCGUAUUCAUUGGGAUAGUAUACGCGAAAUGUCGGAUUUCGAAAAUAGAAAGCUAGGCACGUUUUGAUGACAUAAAACUAUUGGAAGCUUCAAAACUUCAAAGUGUAUUACAUAAGUACUGUUUUAUGGUACUUUUAUGUCAUCAUAUUGCAUUAUACUUAAUAUUUUGAUAUCCAGCAUUUCACGUAAAACAACCUAAUAGUAAUCUUCGCAUCAACCAUGAUAUUGUUCUGUCUAAUACGUCUUUUCUAAUCUUUUACUAAAUCAAUUUGUCGUUCGAAACAUGUCUCUUACUGAUUUUUACUAUUGUCUGUAUCCGUUUGGGUCGCGUAAUUAUAGAACGUAUUAACAAUUAAUAAAACAUAAUCCGUGACGAAGAAACAUAUGUUUACGACGUAAUUAAGUACACGAAUCGAUUGCAUUUAAAACAUACCAGUAAUUAUAAUUGGAAAAAUAAACGAUCUUGUAAUGUU